AGUGGGCAGUUUUCCUUCUUAAUUCUGAUUAAGGGUAAUGUAAUAGAUCAGGGUUCUCAAUAGGAUUUGAAGUAGGUGUGUACCAAACUUUAAGCAAGCAUCUUUGCCAAAUGAAUAUGAAACAAUGGUUGGGACAAGUAGACCAUACAGUAAGGUAUUAUGAAUCCUAAUCUAAGAAACAAUCAAUUACCAGAUACCUUUUAAAGUUCCUGUAGAUAUUGCAAUUACAUUGUUUCAAAUAUUAAACAUCAAGUUAUCUUCUACUGAUUCUACUUAUUAUUAAUCACAGUUUUACUUUUAUAUUUAGUUUUAAGAAUUGGUUUAAAGAAUUAUUGUUGUGACUUUUAUGCCAAAACUUUUCAAAAACAAAAGACAUGAGACUAACAAGAGAUACCAUGUGGGAUGAUUUUUUCCAAUGGUAUUGAAGUCAAAAGAAGUUAAAGAAGCUCUUGACUGUUGAACAAAUUCUCCUUGUCAGCACCUUAGGAAAUGUAUAAAGAACAGUGUGGAGUGAAUGCAUACUGAUGUUAGGGUGUAAGAGGUUAAAGUCACCCUCACAUUAUUAGAGUUAAUUUGUCUUCCUAAAAUUUAUCAUUUUAUGCAAUCAUCAAGCUAUUUUGAAUAAAUCUGGAGAAGGCUAGUGAUCUGAUGUCUUAGGUAACUAUAUUAAGAGAUGUGAUUGAAAAGUAAGGAUACAGAAAAAUUGACAUUUCUGAGACACAUCUUUCAUAGGAUAUGAAUGUGUAAUUAUGAUUUGAAUUUUAUGCUUUAUUUAUUUGUUUAUUGAUUUAUAUUCAAGGAAUCUAAAAAAGAGACUGAAAUUAUGCUGCUUGAAAUUGGUAGGGUGUGGGAGUAGUGAAACAUCUAAAAGAAGAGAGGAUUAUUUUCUAUUCCUAUCAAAUUUAUCAUCAUUGUUUGUCACUAUACAUAAAAAAAAAACAUAAAAAAAAAAACAAAAAAAAAAAAAACAAAACAAAACAAAAAACAAGAAGUUAAGUUAUAGAAUGAAAUCAAUUCACAUUUUCUAUUUUCCAUCUGGAAUUCAAGUGAUAACAUUAAUAUUAUGAAGUUCCACAAGGGUUUCAAAGAUUAGACAAAAAAUCAAGGUCAGGGUUUUUAUUUAUGAUUUCCUUUCUACUGUUGUGCCUUUUUUUAGAUUGAUUAAAAAAAUCAUUUUUCACUUUGUUUGAAUUUGGACAAGUGACAAAAUAUUCAAUGUAGUCUUUAAAAUAAAUAUGUUGUCUGUAACAUAGGUAUUCUUGUAAGUAGAAUAAGAAAGAUGGAAAGGUUUGAGCUCUGUAAAGAAAUGGAGAAAGAUGUUUUUUUUUGUCUUGUUGCAAGUGUGGGACAUAGAAAAAAUUCUGAGUGCUUCUAUGCUGUACCACUGAGCCACAAGGACUCUAUGGAGAGCAAGGGACAUUAUGAAUUUCAUAUACAAAACAUGACACUAGCAACUUUGAUGAUCCCAACAGUAUACAGGAGGCAUGUCAUAUAUGAACUUUGUUAAUAGGCCUUGCUCAUUAUAGAGCCUCUGUGGCUCAGUGGUAGAGCAUUAGUGUGUGGAAUCCGAAAGUCUUAGGUUCAAUUCCUCAUGCAACUUAGAAUUUUUUCAUUUGUCCUAUGCUUGUGACAAGAAGAAAAAACAUCUUUUCUAUAAGUAUCAUUGUUUCUAAGAUUUCUUUUCCAGUUUCUUUGUAUGAAUUAAAAUGUAAUUUGCGCAAACAGCUUUAGCUUUUUUUUAUCAUUGAAGCUGUUAAUAGAUGGGAUUUCAUCAAAAGUGCAUGUAUCCAUUAAGAAAAAUUAUUUUCAAUUCAGUUUCCCCAAAUGGUCCUUCUUAAAGUUUUGUAUGUAGAUUACCCAUUUUUAUGUGGGGUGAUUAAUCUUUUGGUUCUUUUUUCUGUUUGUGAAAGCUGACACUGCAUUGUAUGAUUCUGAAAUAUUUCACUCAUUGAACCACAACUGAACAAGCAUCACAAGAGAGAUUUGAUCAUGACAUCUGUCAGUGACUCCACAACUCGCAGAGCCAAGAAGGAACUACCCAACAUCCCUCCUGAGGAAUUAGCACUGCAUGGAAAUGAAGGAUCAUUGGAAGGUGGUGGUAAACUUCAUGAUUUGCCACCUGAAGUGCAGGCGCAAUUUAUCAGACAUGUGCACAAAAGAUCCCGUUCAUUGACAGGGCUUGAUAUGAUUGAGUUUGAAAAAAAGUUGCCACCUGAAGCUGAAAAGGAAAAUGUGGAACCAAAACCUUUACUUGAGCAAAGUUUAGCAGCACCAAAACAGGAGCAGUUGAUUGGAAACAAAGAUGAGAGGACAACAUUUGCUCAUUCUUUGCCAUCAACUCCAGGUAUGAUUGCAAAAUGAUGAAGUUAUUUUUUUUCUGUUUCAUUGGGAUUAUAAGGAACACUACUCUACGUGUAAAGAAUAAGCUUUAAACUGACUAUAGUGGAAGUGACUUUGAGUUUUGUUACUUCCCUUGAAUGUGAUGCUAGUCCAUCAAAGUUUUACCCAGGUCUUUUAUCAGGCCUCCCUGAGAGUUAUCUGUUGCCUGUAUAUACUUGUAAAUGGAGAGAGACACUAAGUUAGUAAAGAGACUUGCCCAAGAAAAGAACACCUGACCUUGUCAGGUCUUUAACAUGCAUCUUUCAAUUUACUGCAAAUUCAGUGAAAUCAGCAGAUGACAGGGGGGAACUUGUAAAAGAGCUUAGAUGGCACUGCAAACAGUAUGUGAAGACAGCAAGAUGGAACAAAGAGAGGCUCGUCAAUGUAAGUAUGAUUUUAAAAAAGCUGGAGGGGAAUUUGAUUUUCCUUUAUGAAUUGAACUAAAUUCAUGCUCUCAGAUUUGUCACUAGAAAUUGUAAUGAGUUUGAUCUGAAAAGAGAAAGCUGCUGAAUUUAAUUAUGCAUAGGAGUCAUAAGAAAUUGCAAGGCAGGGAAAAAGUAGAUUCAAAGAUUUAGAUUUAUACUGUUAAAAUGGAACUUCCAGUAGGGGUAAUCACCAGAAACCCUUUUUCAUGUAUGCACGGGCAUACACAAAAAAGGUGGUUCAUUCAAGGGAUAUCUCUAAGUGAGGUUACACUUCUUUAAACUGCUUAAUGUAAAUUAGCAGAUGUAAUCAGCUUAAGCAAGAGACAUGUUGGAUAACAGUUAUGGAGGAUCUGAUAACCAGCAAAAAUUGGGACCAGACUUCUCUGUUGACUAAUGUGGACAUACUUGGUGAUUUAUUAAGCUUCUCACUGCAAUUUUGAAUGUCAAGUUUAUUGUCAUUGUGAGUAGUCCUAGGAUAGAAUCAUCCAUUGUGAUAAGUGAGCAGCUGCCCAAACUUGAUUAACUUGUCUGAAAAACUUGACUUUAAUUGGAAGAAAGCCUUAAGUCAUCUUUGGGAUUUAAAACAAUCAAUAAACUAUUUCAUGUUGUUUAUGUAUGCACUAUUCUUUUGGAUGCAGAAGUCAUGAUUUAUAUUUUCCUUUGUUUUAAGAUUUUCAACCAGUUUAAGUUGUGUAAGUUUUUUUUUGUCUUAGAGUACAUUUAUAGUGCUGAGACAAGGAAAAAUUGAACCAGCGUGACAUAAAGAAACUUUUGACCAUGAGGAUGACCUACUAGGAAAUGUUUCAUUUUAAACAUUAAUCAGAACUUGUUCAAUAAAUUUUUGACAUCUUUUUGCAUUUUAUUUAGUAUUCCUACUGGGUAGAUGAUAAUUUAAACAAUAAUGUUUAUACUUCUUGUUUUUUGCAGGGUAGCCAUCAAAAUGCCAGUACCACCAACAGCUCUGUAAUUCAGACAAACAGGUGUGACCAACAAAAAUGUGGCAGACCUGUAGACAUUCUUGAACGUGUGGCGGUGGAAAAUCAUGUGUUUCACAAAAGCUGCUUUGUUUGUGCAAUAUGCAACUCAUGGCUAAACCACUUUAACUACUGCUAUGUUCCUGACCACAACAAAUUCUGACCACAACAAGUUCUACUGCAUUCAACACUACCAGGAUAUUGAGAAUGCCAGUUUUGGAUUAGGAGAAGAUAUCCCUCAUGCAAUGAGUAUAGGACCAGGAGUACAACAGCAAUUUAAAUUUACACGAGGUGUGUUAAGUACAUAUUUUAUAAUGCCUCCCAGCAUUUCUUACAAAUCACAAUCAAUUAUCUGUUUGAUCAGAAAGUGGUAAUGUGGUAAUGUUUUAUCCAAGGCUACAAAGGUGAGUCAAUCAGAUUAAUUUACCUAAUGAGGAAUGAUUUGUUUUGUGAAAUAUCAUGUGUGUAAAUAUGCAUCAUACACAUAGUGACAGAAACAAUAUAUUUUUUUACUCAGAUCUUGUAUUUACUGAGUGCAAAAAGAGAAAAAGAGAGAGCUGAGGAAGGUAUGCAUGAUGCAUAUAAUAUUGAUCAUAGAUUUUGGCCUAAAUCAUUGUGACAACCUUCAGAGGGAAUAAACUAGCAGUAAUCAGUAUUUGCUAGAGAUGGAUGACAGAAAAAGACACGAAUGGAGAAAUAAGUACUAGAUGCUUCCAUCUGUGAUCUUUUCCAGGCUAUCAGUACCCAGAGCUAUUUUUGGAAGUCUUUCCAUGGGAUAACCCCACCCUAAUCCUACAGAUAUGCCAGGUAAGGUCACCUUAGCGGCAGGGUUAUUCUAACAAUAAUACCCCCCCCUUUUGAUGUAUCUUUUUAUUCAGAGGAAAUGGCUUAUUAUGCCAAGUAGUUGGGUUAACUCUCUCUAGGAUGGUGCAACUGUGCUUAGAACAGAGUAAAAGUACUUGUACCAAUGUUAGUAAUAUCUAUGGGAUUACUGAAUGAUGUGAAAGGACUUAAAUCAAGUAACAUGAUUGCACCAGCUUAUUAGAUAGUUGAUUGAUGAAUAAAGGCAGAAUAUAGAAGGUAAUUAAAGAGUGAGUGUCUCCUCUAAAUGAAUACACAACAGAUGGGUCCAAGAGUUAAAGAUCAUGAAGCUUCACUAUACUCAUGUGGAACACAUACAGUGUAGAGGCAUUUGAUCAUUUGAGGUUGAACUAACUUUAACAUUGAACUCUAUAAAGCUUGAUUAUGUUUCCUUGCAGAUGUCCAAGUCUCAGUUGAAGAAAGAGAUGUCCCAGUGGUAAGUUUUAUAGACUCUAGACUGACCAUGUUAGGUUUAUACCUCUGAUGAUCUCUUUUUUCUUACUAUUUAUUUUAUUUUUAUUAUUAUUUUUAUUUUUUCUUCGUAUUUGUUUUUUUUUUUUUUUUUGACAUGACUGAAUUCUAAGUUUAUAGUCAAGCAGCCAUAUACUAAUUCCCUUGGAGAUCGUGUCACGCAAUCAUAUGUGACUUUAAUUAAAGCAAAAAAAAAUUUAAAGACAAAUCUUUAAGAGGAUCUACAAAUUACUAGCUAGGCUAACAGUACAAUUUUGCCUCAGGACAAUGCAUCCAUUUAGCAAUCUUCUCUUUCGCCAUGAUGAAUUAGAGUUGAAUCCAUCCUUCGAUUCUGACUGUUAAGUUGGUAAUCUUUGUCUCUUUGUAUCUUGCAGGUUGGAGACACUGUAGACUACUCACUUUAGUCAACAGCAGAUCGAAGUCUUGCUCUAUUUUCUGGUAUGAGUUUGCAUUCGGUAAGACCAAAAAUACUCGGUCAAUUAGCAACUAGAAGCUUAUAAACUGAAGGUAGUUACUUUCUUUUUUUUUUCCCAUGUACAGCAAACAGACUCCACCACAGUAUCAGCACUGUUUGAUUCCGACACUACUGUUCAAGAUGAAAUCUUCUAGGGGAGUAAUGGAUGUGUUCUAAGGACUUGAUCUUUCAAGUGGGAGUGACACCUUUAGAAGAAAACAAUACUACAAAUCAAAGAGAUAAGGGUGCUAAAUCUGACUUAGAUGAUUUGUUUUCCGUUAAAGAGGAUAUCACACGAUCAAGCCCCGUAAAAAAAAGGCUAACGCCCAAGAAGCCGCUAAGGACAGCGUGACAGAUCUCUUUGAUCCACUGCUAACAGACAAUGACUUCAGAAUGCUGUUGGAAAUCAUGUCACGCAAUCCAAUUUGGCUUCAAUUACUGAAGCAAGGGAGAAUUACUUUUCGAAUUCAAAGACAAACGUUCUAAAGGAUACCCAACUUGUAAGCUACGGCAACAGUUUAAUAUCACCUUACGACGGCAAUUUACGUCCAACGAACGUUUUGAAUGUAAAUAGCGCCGGCUCUGUCUCAGUAAACCUUAAAAGGGGUUCACAAAUUUUCGGGAAUGUGGAUGAAUUGUCACACAACAAAACUACAUAACCAAAUGUCACGUUAUAUGCCAGCGGACCACAAAGAACACAACCGCAAUACAAAAUUAUACAAUUUCCCUAAUAACUCCCAUCCAGUUGUUCAACCGCCUGUUAUGUGUGGCCCGUCAACAAUCCCUUUAAGACUUCCAAAACAGUCGAGUCAAAGAACUGAGUUUAGUUUUGUUGGAAAAUCCGGUAAAGCAGAUGCGUUUAGUUUUGUCCAAGAUGAGAUGGAAGCAAGAAAAUCAAUUUACGAGUAAAAUAAUUUUGUCACUGAAAAUGAUUUAUCAGGGAUAAAACUUUUAUUUGACAAAGACGUUAUAACAACAGUAGAAUGCAUCAAAGAUGCCUAAAGACAUAAAUACAAGAAAGAAAUGAAAGUAGUUUAUUUAAAGUGAGAAUUGAAGGCAGUCGAUUUUGUUUUAUAUAAUAAUUAAGUUAUGUUAAGAUGCCUUAUGAAUAAUAUCUAGUUUUUGCAAUGAUGGAGGGAAAUAUUGUCAACACUCCUUGACGCCCAAAUUACAUGUAGCACUUGCCUUCCACUCACGCGAAAGGGCCGUCCGGCCAAUUAUCUAAUUAACGUAC